AAAGGGAAACAAGUCCCAGCCUUCUGCGGAAAACAAAGAUCAGAAGACCAGUAAGCCUCAGGAGAAGCCUGAACACGAACGUGGAGGCCAAAGGAGUCUUCAGUUACGUCUGCUGGGGACUCAAAGCAAAGUUGCAGAAGGGGCAGUCAGAGACGAGAAUGUUGGGGUGCCAUGCCUGGACAUCCAGGUCACAGAUCCGAAGGCCAUGAUUAAGGAGAUCCUGAGGGGUGGGAAACUGCCAACGGAAGACCAGAUGCUGAAACAUCUGGGACUGUAUCCCGACGGCCCUCCCCUUCCCCCUGCUGCUGUCCUCUCCAUAGUCGAGUACCCAGAGAAGAGGUUGGGCUCUGCAAAGCGUGUGAAGCCCUUCACCAUUGUGGCACCUGAAGGUGCUGCUGUGGAAGACAAUCUGGCCAAGGUCCCACAUGCAAAGGGCAGUUCUGCCAAGGGCCAACCACAGACAGGUAAAGCAGCCAGCAGAGACAGCUCUGCAAAGGAGAAGCAGAUCUCCACACAGAGAACAGGAAGUUCCCGGGAUUCCUCUGCAACAAGAUCCAAAAGUACACGGGAAAGUGCCUCAACCCCUACAGAAUUCCUCAGGCUGAAACGGUACCGGUGGAUAGUGCCUGCCCACGGUGAGGUGGAUCUGAAGGUGCACUUCUCCGCCAAAAAGCCAGGGAAGUUUGAGCAGACACUGAGGUUUGAGCUCGUGCAGACGAAGCGCCAGUACGAGCUGCCCUGCAGUGGCACCGGCCUGUACCCCAGCAUCUGCCAGAACCCACGGCUGGUGUUUCCACAAUGGAGGGAGACCAUGGAGGCAGAUGAAGUCAUCUUCAAGGAAUAUGUUGAGAGCACAAAGCAAUUCCACUUUGGACCACUGCUGUGUGGGAAAUCAAGAGAGUGGUACGUGCUCCCUGCUGGGUCUUGUACUUUUCGGGACACGCCUGGAGAGACAGGCUGUCCUGGUGGCACAAUCCAGGGCAGUCCCCAGCAAAGUCCUGGGAGACACAUGGGUUUGAAGGACCAUAGGUGUGAACUUGAGCAGAUAAGAGGCAAAUGAGCCUUGGAGGAGCUGCUGUGCCUACCCAGUGGGUGCCUUGGUGCCAGAGCCGCAUGCUGCUGCCAGUCCAAAGGUCACUUGGACUUGGGGGCAACUUCUGUCCCCCUCCACAUCUCAGCUUCACCCCUUAGAAAAUGAAUUUUAUGGGGUUUGAAA